ACCUACAUUUUUGUUGUAUGUAAGAGUCUCUCACUCUGUCGUAGAAAAAGACCAAAUCGUUCUCGAUUCGCCAACUUUUUUUUUUGAGCCACUUCUCGAUUCGCCAACUAGAAAUCGAGUUUGCGCCUUCAUUUACACAUCAGCACAACCAGAAGAUAUGGUGAAGGAGAAUGAGUAUUAUAACAUCUUAUGCGUCAAAACUGAUGCUUCAGAUGCUGACAUUAAAAAGGCUUACUACUUAAAAGCAAGGAAAGUUCAUCCAGACAAAAACCCUGGAGAUCCUCAAGCUGCUAAAAACUUUCAGAUAUUAGGGGAGGCUUAUCAGGUUUUGAGCGAUCCGGAGAAGCGAGCAGCCUAUGACAAAUAUGGCAAAGAAGGUGUCCAACAGGAUGCAAUGGUAGAUCCUGCAGCUGUAUUUGGUAUGCUUUUCGGAAGCCAAGUCUUUGAAGAAUAUGUUGGGCAGCUUGCACUUGCUUAUUUGGCAUCAAUCGAAGUUGACUUAGAAUCAUAUGAGCCUGAUAUCAGAAAACAAAUUCUUCAAGACAAGAUCAAAGCUCUGCAGAAGGAGAGGGAAGACAAGCUCGCUGCUACGUUGAAAAACAAACUCGAGCCGUUUGUGGAAGGACGAUCUGAUGAAUUUAUCGAGUGGGCAAACGAUGAGGCAAAGCGUCUUUCUUCUGCCGGUUUUGGGGAGGCAAUGAUGCAUACAAUAGGCUACAUUUACACAAGAAAAGCGGCUAAAGAAAUGGGGAAAGACAAACGAUAUAUGAAAGUGCCCUUCUUGGCGGAAUGGGUGAGAGACAAAAGCCACCAUAUGAAAUCUCAAGUCAUGGCUGCUUCUGGUACUGUUUCGUUGCUUCAGUUGCAGGGUGAAGUGAACAAGUUAAAUGAACACCAAGGUGAUAACAGAGAGGAGCAUAUUCAGAAAGCCAUUGAAGCUAAAAUGGAUGCUUUGCUUCAGUCCCUUUGGCAGAUCAAUGUUCUCGACAUCGAGUCCACUCUAUCUCAUGUCUGCCAAUCUGUGCUUAAAGAUCCAAGUGUUUCCAAGGAUGUUCUUCGAGGUCGAGCCAUGGGACUGAGGCAACUUGGAACGAUCUUCCAGGUAGGCAAAAACAAAAAGGGUGCUAAGAAGCCGUACACCGACAUGAAACAGGACACCGGAGGUUCUUCAAAAGCGAUGUCUUGAAAUCUCGGUUCGCCUUCGCCAGAAAACAGAGAGAAAUCGGAAUUGGCUAUUGCUGUUUCCUUCUACCAUUUUUGCUAUUGGCUCAAAGUUUGGAUUUGUCCUUUGUUUUUUCUUUUUCUUUUACUUUGCAUGUUAGUUUGUAAACAUUGUUUUCUGAGUUAGAGGUGACUAAUCGAAGAUUAUAAUUAGAAGUGGAAUUAUUUUGAAAGUUUGUUGAAUUUUAGCUCUU